AUGCGAUUCGAGGUGAACCCCAACGGCCGUUACAUGUGCCCCACGUGUCCUUCCACCUACAAGCAAAAGGGCCACCUGGUGCGCCACAUAAAGUACGAGUGCGGCGUCGAGCCGCGCUUCCAGUGCCACCUGUGCUCGAAGAAGUUCAAGCACCGCAGCAACCUGAAGAGCCACUACGUCAUGUUGCACCGCGACUGGUCCGUUUCCUCCCUGUUUUCCGCCGCUCCCGACGCCAAAGCGAAACUCGAUUGGCGACUGUAA